UUUGAUGAUAAACAAGGCGGAACUGCGGUAGAGGGAGCGGUUGCCUUGUAUAAGUAUACCCGCAAGCUCUCAUUUCUCUACAUUGUAUCAGGAAAGUACUUACCGGGGAAAAGGUAACAGGCAUUCCAGUUAAAAAUGGCCAGGAGGAAGAUUCCGAAAGAAGUACAAGCCGUAUUUGACCGCUAUGUCCAUGGUCCUGCCAAACGAUUGGGUGAGAAAGAAGCAAUAGAGAUGUUGCAGACAGAGUUCAAUCUUUCUGCAGAUGAGGCCCAAAUAAUGUUUGAUUCAUUUGACAAGGACAAAAAUAAAAUCAUGAGCAUAUGGGAGUUUCAACAGUUCUACGAGACGGCUGGCAGCAAUGCUGCUGAAGCUGUAAAGUGUUUUCAUGACCUAGACACGGACGGGAGUGGAAAACUAGACCCGGAAGAGGCGAGAAAGGGAUUGCAGCGAAUGAAAACAGGAACCGGAAGGAAUUUAGAGGAAAAAGAAAUAGACUUUUUCAUGAAAACAGCUUCGGACGAUGAUGGCAUGCUUGACAUUGCAAUGUUUGUGAACCUGUUACACAGACUUAAGUUGUACAAGUCACCUCCUCCUCCCAAAAACGCUAAAUGUCACGUAUUGGGAGAAAAGUGAAGUUCCAGUUCCAUUUACUAGCGAGGAAUAUACGACAAAUAUAUACAAAAUAUCAAAAUACAUAUUAGAUAUAAAACUAUUUUAUCAUCACAACUCCUUAAGGAAAUCAAAGGAGCUAUUUCGUUGACCGCAAUGUUCUAAAGGAGAAAUUCCAAGAAAGAAUGUCAAGUACUGAAAUAUUUUUUCUUCUAAUUUUAUAAUUUUGUAUACUCAACAUUUCAUCGUUUUGCAUUUUAUCAUUUUGAAUCAUUGAUCAUUUCUUAUUUUUAUAAUUAAAAUGUUACAAAUAUAAUACUACAAAACAUAUUUGAAGAAAAGUUUCUAUGAACAAACCAUUGUGUUAAUGCAUCCCAAUACCACAAGUAUUUUAUUAUAAUAUUGAUAAUUAUAAUAUGAUACAAAGAUUUAUAGUGUUGUAAAAAACAACAUUUUGAACUAAAAUUAAUUUCAGGCAAAUGAAAUUGUAUACAAUUGAGAUAACGAUCAUUAUUGGUUUCAAGUGGCGGACAUACUCUCAUCAUCAAAAUGUGAUUGAAAAAAAAACAACCUUUUUAUUGCUUCUUUCGACGAACAUGUAUUAUCUGUUAAAUAAAAGUUAUUCAAGAAAUGA